AUGACGAAUGACACAGUGAAAAGCCAAGAGGGAGGUGUGGUGUGUCUGAAGCCCAUUGACUGGAAGAUUAAGAAGCUUUUUGGCUUCAGCAGUAAGAAGCCUGUGUUGUCCUGGGGCUCCUCCACCAGUCCCUGCUGGGAGGACAGUAAUAGAGUCAACCAGUAACCCAGGUACCAUGUCCGAGACAAGGAUCUUGGGAAGAUUCAAAGGGCAGCCUGUGAGGGCAAUGUGGCCAGAAUGCAGCAGAUCCUGCUGCUCAGGAAAUAUGGCCCCAAUUAUGAAGACAAGAGGAACAGGACUGCUCUGCAUCUGGCCUGUGCCAGUGGCCAUCCAGCAGUGGUGACUCUACUAGUAGAGUGGAAAUGCCAGCUUAACCUCUGUGACAAUGAGAACAGGACAGCGCUGAUAAAGGCUGUCCAGUGCCAGCAAGAAGAAUGUACCAGUAUUCUGCUGGAACAUGGUGCCGACCCAAAUCUUGAGGAUGCCAGUGGCCACACGGCCCUCCACUAUGCUGUCUUUGGUCAGAAUAUCUCCAUUGCAGCAAAGCUGCUUUCAUACAAUGCUAACAUUGAAGCAAGAGACAAGGAUGACCUUACACCACUUUUACUUGCUGUCAGUGAAAACAAACAGAAAAUGGUGGAAUUUUUAUUAAGGAAACAAGCAAACAUACAUGUAGUUGAUAAGAUGAAAAGGAAUCACCACCUGAUUUUGGAGUAUAAACGAGAAAAGAGACCUAAAACUCCUUCUCGAGGUAGUAACCUAGUGCAUGAGAGUUCUGAAGAAGACUCUUUAAGCAGGUGCUGCUAUGUUGCUGCUGCUGCUGCAGGAACACAUGGCCCCAAUUAUACACAAGCACUGGCUCUGGAGCUGCAGCCUGACCCCCAGUGCCAUGCACAGUAUAGGACUGGCUAUUGUGUGCGGGGCUCCCAGUGCGUGGGUGGGCACUGCCUCCGCUCGGCAGGGCCGCUAGCCCAUGGCUGCUGCUGGAGAGCUGCUCUUCGGGUUCCUGCGCCGCGCCUGGCCACCCCCUCCCCGUGCCGCGUUCUCUUGCUGCACUCGCGCCUGACGCCACUCGGCGCCUCAGGAAGGGGAGGCAGCAGUUCUGGCAUGCAUAUGAAAGAAGUAUGGAAAAAUGAAAGAGAAAAGUGGUCAUCAAAAGAACCUGUGAUUCCACCAAUAUUUGAGAAGGCUGAUUCACUGACUGUUGAUUUACUACACGUGAAUGAUGACAGAAGCUUAAGUGACAGAGAUCAGGAUGAUAGCAGGCCUAUGAAGAGAACACCUAAUGAAGAGAACAAGGUCAAAGAGCAAAUUAAUUCUAUGGAUGACUUUGAUGACUUAACUCAGUUACCUGAAACAGCUUCCAAGAAUUGUGAGUUGCUUUCCUCUAAAUCUAUGAAUGCUAUGUUGCUAAUUGAACAACUUGGCGCGGAGUGUAAAGAUUCUGUUAGCGUAUUGAAAAAUCAGGAUUCAGUUCUUUCAGAUGACAGUUUACUAGAAUUAAAAAAAGCCACUAGAACUCCUUACAGGAAAAAUUAAAAAAUGAAAAGUAAGAUCAUUGGGUUACGAAAGGAGCUAUCAGAAGCAAAAGAAGUGAAAUCACAGUUAGAACACCAAAUACUGGAGUGGCAACAAGAGUUCUACAGUUUGAGAUGCACCUUAAAACAAGAAGAGGAGAAAAGAAGAAAUGUUUAUAAAUUAUACAAAAAAACUAGGAAGGAGUUAAGAAGAAGAAAAGAGAGAUAUGAUAAAGAAGCUGAAAUAAAACAGCAACUUGAACUGACUGUCCAAGCACUGGACAUGGAAUUGAGGGCGGUGAGAAAUAAUCUGAACCAGCAUGUGGAGUUUGCAGGCAGAUCCAAGCCACCACAGUUGCAGGGUGAUGAGAGUCAAGAAAAAGCAAAAGAACUGUUGUCUAAAAACCACAUGUCACAGAAUGAAAUUGCCAUGUUAAAACACGAAAUAGAGGCAGUGGAAAAUCAUAACCAGGAAAUGGAAAAGAAAUAUUUUAUGGACAUGAAAAUUGUAAAAAAGAAGUAUGCUGAAGUUCGAAAGACAAUAAAACUUAAUGAGGAAACAUUAACAAAAAUAAUCUUGGAACGCAAUGAACUGACAGCUGAGAAUGCAAUGCUGAAGUCUGAACUGGAGAAUGAAAGACAAAAUAAAGAAAGACUGGAAAGGCAAGUUGAAUCAUACCGCUCUAGAUUGGCUGCCACCCAUGAUCAAGUGCAAAGUCAGUCAAAAAGAGACCUGGAACUUGCCUUCCAGAGAGGAAGAGAUAAGUGCUUAUCCUUACAAGAUGAAAUAAAUUUGGAUGUGUCUAACCUGAAAGAUAAUGAGAUGCAUUCCCAGCAACUGUCUAAGUCUGAAGGAAAAUUCAGUGGCCUAGAAACCGAGCUCCAUCACAGGAGAGAUGCUCUCAGAGAAAAGUCUUUGGUGUUUGAAACUGUACCUGUACAGAGAGACCUAAGUCAAGCACAGUGUCAGAAGGAAAUUGAUCACAUGCCUCCAAGUGAACAAGGCAAAGUGAAGAAGUACUGGACACAGGAAUCCUUGAAGGGGGGAUUCCAACUAGAGAGUGAAAACCUCUUGCUGCCGCAGCUGGAUGACUUGCAAAACAAAAAAGACAGCCAGAGUGGGGAAGAUAACAUUCCACAAAGGAAAGAAAAACAUAAGAAGUAUCUUAUUGGCUAUGUGGGCACUGCUUUGUUCUUUCAUCCAGCUUGGUGGUGGGGGUCAGAAAUGUGA